AUGCACUAUGUUCGGGAUUGUCCUUUCUCGGAUCAUCAGUGCAAACAGUGCAAUCGUGUUGGCCACAAGGAAGGCUACUGUGGCUGCCUGUCCAAGCCGAAGUCAGUUCCAGCCAAGGAGAAACAACCAAUGAACAAGUCCAAGAAAUUCCGUCAAGCGAAAACCCGUGGCGUUUACAUAGUGAAUCACAUCGCUCAACACUCCAGCAAACGGAAGUACGUGCCCACAUUCAUCAACGGCGUGGCAACCAAGCUACAACUGGAUACAGCAAGCGACAUCACAGUGAUCUCACAGCAAACAUGGAACUACCUCGGAAAACCAGCGAUCAAGAAACCAACGAUUGAAGCGAUGAAUGCGUCCGGAAAACCGCUCCAAUUGCUAGGAGAAUUCCAGUGCGAAGUCAGUAUCAACGGUAAGACUGCUGAAGGAAGAUGUUUCGUCACAACGGCUGCAAACCUCAACCUGCUGGGCAUCGACUGGAUCGAGCUGUUCCAGCUGUGGUCGGUUCCCAUCGAUUCGGUCUGCAAUCAAGUCAGGACGAAGACGAUCGAUCAGCAAAUCCGUGAAUUCCAAGUGAAGCACAAGGACGUUUUCGACGAUUCUCUGGGGCAUUGCAAGAAAAUGAAGGUGAAGCUUUUCCUGAAGCCGGAUGCAAAGCCUGUUUUCUGCCCCAAGCGGCCAGUUCCUUUCAACACCGUUCCAUUGGUCGAUGCCGAACUCACAAGAUUACAAACGUUGGGCAUCAUUGAACCCGUCGACUUUUCCGAUUGGGCUGCUCCUAUUGUGGCAGUACGCAAACCAAACGGCCGAGUUCGCAUCUGCGCGGACUACUCAACGGGACUCAACGAAGCACUCGAGGCCAAUCACUACCCGCUUCCGACGCCGGAGGAAAUAUUCGCGCAGCUCAACGGCAGUACCGUCUUCAGCAUAAUUGAUCUUUCCGACGCGUACCUGCAGCUUGAAGUAGAUGACGACUCCAAGAAGCUCCUCACCAUCAAUACCCAUCGUGGACUGUUCCGGUUCAACCGCUUCGCUCCAGGGGUAAAAUCAGCACCGGGGGCAUUCCAACGCCUGGUGGACGGAAUGAUUGCGGAUAUUCCUGGUGUACGAACAUUCAUCGACGACGCUAUCGUAUUCAGCAAGGACAUGAAGUCACACGCAGAAUCACUCAAUCUGCUCUUCAAGCGCCUCAAGGAGUACGGUUUCCACGUUAAACCUGAGAAGUGCCGAUUUUUCCAAACUCAACUCGGUUACUUGGGACACGUAGUGGACAGUCAGGGCAUCCGCCCUGAUCCGGAGAAAGUGAAGACCAUUGCAGCCAUUCCACCUCCAACCAACGUUCCGGAACUACGGUCCUAUCUUGGAGCUGUCAACUGA